AUCGAACCUGUGGCCGCAGACUCCAUCAUGACGGAGGAGCAGCAGCGGAGAGGAGGCGGAGGAGGAGGAGAAGCGGAGCGUCAGUGACAGAGAGGCGGUGAGAGAGAGAGCAGGCGAGGGGGAGGAUCCGACCAGCAGCACCGCUCCACGGAACUGGUCCCAGUCACAUGGCUUCACUGGGAAGCGCAGAGAGACGAGCCUUCGCCCUCAAGAUCAACAGGCACACCUCUGCAGAGAUCAGGAGACAAUAUGGGAACCAAGGCGUUUAUCACAGCCGGUCCAACUCCAAUGCUUCGGCCUCAGUUUGCCUCACUGUGCCCCAGUCGUAUGAAGCGGUGGAGCCCCUGGACCUGGAGGAGUUCCUGAUGUCACAGCUACGAAGUGGAGACUCUGACCUGAUGCAGGAGCUUGGAGACUUCCCAGAGGAUGACCUGAAAGUGGAGCAGGUGGAGAAGGAGUGUCGCACCGUCAGAUACUCUGUUCCUGAAGAUGGAGUGGAGUUGGAGCCCCACGUCAGAGACUGUGUGAAGAGUUACAUCCAGCCCUGGCUUGUGGUCUCUCGGAGGUGCCAGGGGGAUGGUUGGGGUGCGUACUCGGAGCGAGCUGGCCUCCACAAACUCCUUCGGAAACAGACCUUUGAGUCCGAUGUGCAGCCUGAAGACCAAGAGAAACCGGUCAAGUCUCCGUCUCUGGCCGGGCUGAGUGAUGACUCUGGCCGAACGCUGACCUCCUCGGACUUCAACCUGCGGAGUUUGACUCCCGACCAGAGGGUGGAGGGUCUGCUGGCCUACAGCAGCCAUGAGGAGCUGGACCGCUUCAACCAGGAGUCGCGGCAGGGAAACAGACACCCUGAGCUGUUUGCACUGUACCCGCCAGCUGAUGAGGAAGAUGCAGUGGAGAUCCGGCCCAUUCCAGACUGCCCCAAGGAACACACUGGAGACCGCAUCCUGGUCCGAUGCCAUGCCAUCAAGUUCGAGAUCGACAUUGAGCCUGUAUUUGCCACAAUGGCCUUGUAUGACCUGAAAGAGAAGAGAAAGAUAUCAGAGAACUUUUACUGUGACCUGAACUCAGAACAUUUGAAGAGCUUCUUGAAACCUCACACGCCCCAUGUGGAUCACUCCACCCUGGCCAGAUCUGCCAUCUUCUCCAUCACCUACCCCGCCCCAGAUAUCUACCUGGUCAUCAAGAUCGAGAAGGUUCUGCAGCAGGGAGAGAUCAGCCAGUGUGCUGACCCGUACACGAUGUUUAAGGAGUGUGACUCUGCAAAGAACAAGGACAAGCUUGACAAGCUGCGAGGCCACUCGGAGUCUUUCUGCCAGAAGCUGGGUCGCUACCGGAUGCCUUUUGCUUGGGCGACCUUGAAUGUCAUGGACUACAUCUCCACUAACGCCUUAGACCGCGAUGUCACAGACUCUGAUAGCCUGAGAGUCAAGUCCAGCAGCUUUGACCGGAAAGGGCAGCUUCCCAGGAGGAACUCUGAGCGCUACAGCACCAUCGAGGAUCAAUCCUGCAACGUUUCUGCCUUCAAACCUGUGACCAUCACUAUCAGCACCAUCUUCAAACAGGAGGGAGAUCGCCUGAGUGAUGAGGACUUGCUCAAGUUCUUGUCUGAUAUCAAGAAAAACUCCACUUCACAGAGAAGAAUCAAGACGAUUCCAGGUUCCAUAAAACUGGACAUGUCUCCAGUGCACGACACGCCUCUUGCAUGUUUGUCCACCGAGCUCAUCCCUCUCAUACCAGUGUCUGAGAAAAACAUUCGUCCAGUCAAGGAGGUGCUGGAGUUCCCCUCCAGCGAGGUUUAUGUCCCGCACAACAUUUACAGGAACCUGCUCUUUGUCUACCCGCAGAGGCUCAACUUUGUCAACAGACUGACAUCAGCCAGAAACAUCACAGUCAAAAUCCAGUUCAUGAGCGAAGAGGACCCGGCCUCUUCUCUGCCUGUGAUUUUUGGCAAAUCCACUGGCCCUGAACUCUUGGGGGAAGUCUACACCCCUGUUACCUACCAUAACAAGUCCCCCGACUUCUAUGAGGAAGUGAAGCUGGUUCUUCCAGCACGUCUGACGCAGAGACAUCACCUGCUGUUCACCUUCUACCACAUCAGCUGCCAGCAGAAACAGAACCAGAGCGGCAGCUGUGAGACACUCAUUGGAUACUCUUGGCUGCCCAUACUGAAUAAUGACCGACUGCAGAACGGUCAGUUCUGUCUGCCCAUCGUCUUGGAACGGCUACCUGUCAACUAUUCUCUGCACACGCCGGAGAAACUUCCUUCUCAGGUUCCUCCAGUCAAGUGGAUGGAAAGUCACAAAGGGCUUUUCAACCUGGAGAUCCAGGCCGUGUCGUCUGUACACACACAGGACAACCAUCUGGAGCGUUUCUUCACCCUCUGCCACGCCCUGGAGGGUGGAGCUACAUUCCCUCUGCGGGUCAGGGAGGAGAAAAUUCCAGAGAACAAGCUGGAGCAUGAGUUGAAGCUCAGCAUCGUCUCUCUGUCCUCCUCCAGACUAGAGCCGCUGGUCCUCUUUCUCCACCUGGUGCUGGAUAAACUCUUCACGCUCAUCAUGCAGCCCAUGGUCAUCGCAGGCCAGACUGCCAAUCUGGCCCAGAUAGCCUUCGAAUCAGUGGUGUCCAUUGUCAACAGUCUUCAUAACAGCCAGGAGCUGAUCCGGGACCAGCAGGGCAGGAACAGCCUCCUGGCGACCUACCUUUACUGGGUGUUCUGUCUGCCUGAUCCCCCUCGAGAAGUCCAGAAUACAGUUACAGGGAGUACGAUGGCUCCUGCAGAGAGCCGUUACAGCACCAUGGGUCGGGCCACAGCAGUCACAGUGGGGAAUAUGCUUCUCCAGUCCCGAAUCCGCAGCAGCAGCAACCCCGACAUCCCGGCUCCGCACAUGUCUGCUGAAGAUGCUGAGAUCAAAAGCAUCUUCUCUGCCAAGGGUAGCAACAACCCAGGCUGCCGUAUGUCCACCUACUCGGAUGUCAACAACCACGUGAGCACGGCAGGAGGCACCAGGCCCUCCAACAGGAAGCAGUUUCAUGAGGAGCUCGCCCUGCAGAUGGUCGUCAGCACGGGCGUCUGCAGAGAGAACGCCUACAAAUAUGCCUGGUUCUUCUUCGAGCUGCUGGUGAAAAGCAUGGCUCAGCACGUGUCUCAGCUGGACAAGCAGAACGUCCCACGAAGAAAUCGCUUCUCCGACCGAUUUAAAGACGACAUCACCACCAUCGCCUCCGUGGUUACAGCUGAGAUUGCCACCAUCCUCGUCAAACAACAGAAGGAGGUAGAGCAAGCGGAGAAAGUCAACAUCAGCCUGGCCUUCUUCCUCUAUGACCUCCUGUCCCUCAUGGACCGAGGAUUUGUUUUCCAGCUGUUGAAAAACUACUGCAACCAGAUGUCGGCUAAAAGUGUUUCAAUGCCGACAUUGAUCACCAUGCGUCUGGAGUUCCUGCGAAUCCUGUGCAGCCACGAGCACUACCUCAACCUGAGUCUCUUCUUCAGCAGCCCGACCUCUGCCCCCGCCUCACCAUGUCCAUCCAUCUCCUCACAGAGUUCCGGCUCGUGUAGCUUCCAGGAGCAGCAGAGGAUCUUGGGGCUGUUUGAGCUUUCUCAGGAUUUCAAGCAGCAGCAUUACCUCGCGGGUCUGCUGCUGACGGAGCUCAGCGCUGCCUUAGACAUGGAGUCAGAGGGGGGAAAGGUCCAAAGAAAAGCCAUCAAUGCCAUCUAUAGCCUGCUGUGUUCUCAUGAUCUCGACCAUCGUUGUAUUAAACCUGAGGUCAGAGCCAAGGUGGCCGCUCUCUACCUCCCCCUGGUGGGGAUUAUCAUCGACUCCACCAAUUAUCUGGACUUCACUGUUUCUGAGACUCGAGGCGGGAAAAACAAGAUGGGCAUAUCUGACGAUGACCUUGAAAAUGUGCCACCCAUCAAUCAGUCUGUUGCCAUGGCGAUAGCUGGGAACCCAUUCAACACGCUGGGCCGGAAUGUUCUCGUUUCCAUGGCGUCCAUGCAAGGUAAAUCCGUAGCCACCCUGGCGGCAGACACCAGUCGCCACCUGUUGGUGUGUUUCCUGUGGGUGAUAAAGAACGCAGACAGGAGUGUAAUUCAGCGCUGGACUGUGGACAUGCCUCCGUCACAGCUCAACAAGCUGCUGGAGCUCCUCACCAUCUGUGUGUCCUGCUUCGAGUACAGGGGGAAGCAGAGCACUGACAAAGUGAGCACCCAGGCCUUACAGAAGUCCCAGCAGGCCAAGCUGCAGCUGGAAGAAGCCCUGCUGAGAGGAAUGGGAGCCCGCGGGGAAAUGAUGAAACGAGUCGGAGGAAUGGACAGGACCAUGGGUCAGAGAGAGAACCUGCGCUGGAGGAAAGACCUCACCCAGUGGAGACAGACCAAUGAUAAACAGGACAAGACUAAGGCAGAGUUGGACCAGGAGGCUCUGAUCAGCGGGAACUUGGCCACAGAGACAAACCUCAUUGUACUGGACCUGCUGGAGACCAUCGUACAGGCGGUGCCAUUGGCAGACUGUAAGGACAGCGUGGUCGGCGGAGUGUUGAAAGUGUUACUUCACUCUCUUACGUGCAACCAGAGCUCCACUUUCCUCUCUCACACGUUCAGCACGCUCAGAGGACUCGUUGUCAAGUUCGGGGACCUGUUGUUUGAGGAGGAGGCGGAGCAGUGUGCAGACCUGUGCCAGAAGGUGCUUCAGUACUGCAGCAGCCCUGUUGAUGAGAACAGGAGCCAGGCCUGUGCCACGCUCUAUCUUAUCAUGAGAUACAGCUACAGCAAUGCCAGUAACUUCUCAAGAGUGAAGAUGCAGGUCACCAUGUCUCUGGCCUCGCUGGUGGGCAAGUCCUCCGACUUCCAGGAGGAAUACUUACGAUGCUCGCUCCGCACCAUCCUGGCCUAUGCAGAGGAGGACACAGAGAUGCAGAACACGCAGUUGCCCUCACAGGUAGACGAGCUGCUCAGGAACCUCAACAGUAUUUUAUCGGACACAGUGAAAAUGAGGGAGUUCCAGGAGGACCCAGAGAUGCUCAUGGACCUCAUGUACAGGAUUGCGAAGGGCUAUCAGACAUCUCCUGACCUGCGACUGACCUGGCUGCAGAACAUGGCAGAGAAGCACAACAACAGGAAGUGUUACACCGAGUCGGCCAUGUGUCUGGUGCACGCUGCUGCCCUGGUGGCCGAGUACCUCAGCAUGCUGGAGGAUCACAAGUACCUGCCUGUUGGGAGUGUCACCUUCCAGAACAUCUCCCCCAAUGUGCUGGAGGAGUCGGCGGUGUCGGAUGACAUCCUGUCCCCGGACGAGGACGGCGUGUGUUCGGGACGCUACUUCACCGAGAGCGGCCUGGUGGGAUUGCUGGAGCAGGCGGCCGAGCUCUUCAGCAAUGGCGGUCUCUACGAGGCGGUGAAUGAAGUCUACAAGGUCAUCCUACCGGUCUUAGAGGCUCACAGAGAUUUCAGGAAACUGGCAUCCACUCAUGACAAACUACAGAGAGCCUUUGACAACAUCAUUAAAAAGGGCCAUAAGAGGAUGUUUGGAACCUAUUUCCGGGUGGGUUUUUAUGGGGCCAAGUUUGGUGACCUGGACGAGCGAGAAUUCAUUUACAAGGAGCCAGCGAUCACACAUCUGCCUGAGAUAUCACACCGGCUGGAGAACUUCUACAGUCAGUGUUUUGGAGAAGAGACGUUGCAGAUGAUCAAGGACUCGACGCCAGUGGACAGAAAGAAACUGAACCCCUCCAAGGCGUACAUCCAGAUCACUUACGUGGAGCCCUACUUUGACGACUACGAGAUGAAAGACCGGCUGACAAACUUCGAGAAGAACUUCAACCUGCGGCGCUUCAUGUACACCACGCCCUACACCAAGAGCGGGAGGCCGCGGGGCGAACUGAACGAGCAGUACAAGAGGAAAACCCUCCUCACCACCAUGCACGCCUUCCCUUACGUCAAGACGCGCAUCAACGUCAUCCAGAAAGAGGAGUUUGACCUGACCCCGAUCGAGGUGGCCAUAGAGGACAUGCAGAAGAAGACGAGAGAGCUCGCGGUCGCCACCCACCGGGAACAGCCUGACGCCAAGAUGCUGCAGAUGCUGCUGCAAGGCUCGGUGGGAGCCACGGUCAACCAGGGCCCGCUGGAGGUGGCCCAGGUCUUCCUGAAUGAGAUCCCAGCGGACCCCAAGCUCUUCCGCCACCACAACAAACUGCGCCUGUGUUUCAAAGAGUUUAUAAUGAGGUGUGGCGAGGCAGUGGAGAAGAAUAAGCACCUGAUCACGUUUGACCAGAAGGAAUACCAGCAAGAGCUGAAGAAGAACUACAACCGCCUGAGAGAGAACCUGAGGCCGAUGCUGGAGAGGAAGAUUCCCGAGCUCUACAAGCCCAUCAUCAGGCCUCGGCUGGAGAACAGGGAUUCCUUCAAACGUCUAAGUUUUCGCAGAAAUCAGGAAGAAAACUCCUGAGACGCUGUGGCUCAUCUGGGAGCGGAGGGUGAGACUGUCACACAGCCCAGAGAGGAAAAGAGAAGACGAGAUGAAAGGAACUGCCGGUGAUACCGUAGCACUCCUUUUGUGUGGGAGCAGCACAUUGUGUCCAACAACGAUCCAGCAGUGUGUGUGUUUGUGUGCUGCAUGUCCACGUUUAUGAUUUUACAGCUGUUUGUUACGAGAGGUUAAAGGAGAGUGAGCACACAGAAAAGAAAAACAGAUUGGUUGGAUUCUCAAGCAAAGUGUAGCUUAUUGAGCACUCACUGUAAAAUCCUCAGACACUUUCGCUCUGUUGAUUUCCUUUUUUAUAAAGAUAACUGCAAGUCCUAAUAAUGCUGCAAACAUUUCCUCUAGUAGAGACGCAGACUGGAGUUCCUCACCGAGGUCCUUGCUGGCCCAGGGCCUGUAUGUGUGCCAGUAAUGAUCCUGUCCUGUGUUUGUACGUGUAUGUAAAUGUAUGGAUGGAUGGACGUGUGUUUGUUUAGAUCAUGUUUGGAGUAGGAGAUUUUAGUGCCAUACUGAAGUCACUUCGUACUCGGUGAUGAUAAAUGAUUUUGUCAUGUGGUAAAGGGCCUCUGAAAUUCCACUCUGUGCCAGGUUAGAGUAGCAAGGGUAUGGAUGGAUUUCUGCACAAUAGAAAAAGUCGAUACGAUUGCCUGUGGUAGCUCUCGAGGCCAUUCUUGUCCCGUCGUCGGACAUACAGAACCUGAUCAUGUAGCUUAACUUAUGAAGAGUGAUGUCAUGUAACUUCACAGGACGCAAAUAGAGGCUCUUAUUUACUCAUACCUUCUCUUUAAAAUCCACAUUUUGUAUAUAGUAGAGGUAUUAUUCCAUGAGAUGUUUACAAAGGUAUGAAAAACUAUUAAGCAUUUUAUUUUAUGGAAUAUGUAUUUUUUAGAUAAAUAACAGCAAUAAUGAUACUACUUGGAAAUAUUAUUCAGUAGGCAGGACUCAGUGAGUGGGCUUUUACAACCUCAGUGUAUGUUCCUGUAGUUUCAGUACCUGUUUGUAGAUAGACCAAUUCCAACGAGACACGUAGUGCCAAAUCAAAUUAUUUUCUUAUUUACUUAGGAACUGAGAUCCUUAACCAGGAAUGCAAUAAUUUGAAAAAGUCACUCCACUGCUUGGCAAUGUGAAUCGUGUUAACUCUGUCUGAAUACAUUCCAGAAGAGAAAUGUAAACUACUGCUUCGGAGUAUUAAAAAAAAAGUGACAACCUGA